ACUUUAUAUAUCGGAUUUUACGACCUGUCGCUACACGCAUGGGCCGCGGUGGGCGGGGUUAACAACUACAAACACACUAGCUGCACUUCCUCUCUUUUUUUCGUCAAUACUUUACCUCCUCUAAUCAUGCCCGUUUUAACAUUCCUACUUGGAGUGAGUCCACACUGCUGCUCCCUUGUGAAAGUGUAGGAAACUUUUUUGUCUUCAAUGGGUUGAAGACUGUGAGUCGCGUUGGGAAGAAAAUAACGGUGCGCGACGUUAGCCGAAUGUUAGCUUACCAGCAACAGGUCGGUUGGUUGGUCAACUGAAAGUUAACGGUUAUGGAGCGCGCGACUUUUUCAAAAUAUUCCUGGAUCGACUUCGUCUUCUCUGUGAUCGGAGUUUGUACCUUCUUGGUGGACUGGGGUUCGGACGUGUGGGUGGCCACCGAGUUUUACUGCCGCGGGGACUUUUUCUGGUUCGGUGUGCUGGUCGGCCUCAUGGUCCUGUCGUCUGUCGUGGUCCAGAUGUUCAGCUGGUUCUGGCUCAAGUACGACCGAGAGCUGCCGGGGUUCAGUGCGCAGACCGGAGGAGGAACCGUGCUCUUCGGGGACCAAGUGAAGCUCUCCUGCCUGCUACAUGUGCUGCAGCUGGGCUUCCUUUGCAGGCACAUCUCUGCCAUACGGCAAGGCUUCAGGGUUUGGUGGCGGAAACAGGAAGGGUCUGAGUACGCUGUUUACCUGACCCACGACCUCAGCAUGCUCCGGCUUAUCGAGACUUUCUGUGAGAGCGCUCCUCAGCUCACCCUGAUGAUCUAUGUCAUGCUGCGCACACACAAGGCCAGGACUGUUCAAUUUGUGAGCAUCGCUGCAUCAACCACUUCUAUAGCCUGGAUGGUGGUGGAUUACCACCGCUCCCUGCGCUCCUUCCUCCCCGACAAGGCCAAACAGGGUUGGUGUUCCUCCUUAAUCUACUUCCUGUGGAACCUGCUGCUAAUCGCCCCACGUGUGGCAGUCCUCGCCCUCUUCGCCUCUGUCCUGCCCAGGUACAUCGCUGUCCACUUUCUGAUGCUGUGGAUUGUCCUUGUGAUAUGGGUCUGGCGACAGGAGACGGCCUUCAUGGACAGCCUCAGUGGGGAGUGGCUCUACCGGGUCACCGUAGCACUCAUUUGGUACUUCAGCUGGUUUAAUGUAGCAGAGGGUCGGACCAGAGGCCGCAGCGUCAUCUACCACUCCUUCAUCACUACUGACGGAGGAAUCCUGCUGGCGACUUGGUGGUGUUACAGAGACCCCGUGCAGACUGAGUCAUACGCCCUCCCUCUGCUCAUCACUUUACCUUUCACAUACCUCCUGGGGCUGCUCUUUAAAGCCCUCUACUACUGCUGCUUCCACCCUAAGCUGUGGAGGCCCCCAGUUAGGGACCCAGGACUGCCAGGUGAUCUGCCUGAUGCAGAAGUGUCCUUUAGAGACUUUUCCAUCCAGGAUGGCACCCUGUCCUCCCAGCUUCGCAACAAACGGAUGGCCUGCCACGCUACUCAUUUUUACUCAGAGCAAAGAGUCAACAUUGAAAGCACAAAUAGAGCUGAGUCAUCACAGCUGUGAUGCCAGUUCAUUAUCUGUAUACCUCCAGAUAAAUGUUACCUUCUAUAGCAGGGAUAUGAAGCAACAAUCUCUCUUAGACGGUCUCAUGUUUGUGCUGCAAUUUCGCAAGACGCUCAGUACGUUAAUCAAAAUACAGCUUCAAACCCUAAACUAAGAGAGGGCAAUAUGGAUCAGUAUAUAAAUAUAUAUGCAAUAUAGUAAAUUCCUGGAAAAUUCCUGAAAAAGCAGUUAAAAUAACUGGUAACUAAUAACUGUUAUUGACUAAUCAGACAAAUGAAAUGUCUUACAAAUCCAGAUACUAUUUAAAUAACCAGUGUUGCCAUAAAGUAGUCUUUCCACCUUUCCACAAUGACACUAAUACCACCAUAGACAAUAUAAACAGUACUCUUGUUUCUUUACAGGUUCAUAUCAUCUUCAUACGUUGUCAUAUUUCUCAACUCUACUACAAACUGUGAUAAGCUCAACUAACAAAGUGAAGUGUUAGUUUUAUGCGAUACAUUUCCUACAAUGCAAACUGUAUUUUGUCCUUUAAACAUAUUUAUUUCACACAUGCCAUGUUACCAUAUGGGUUUGUUGUUGUGUGAACACCUUGCAUUUCCAAAAUACAAACUUAUAACCUUGUUGUUUUGACAAUCCUAAUAAUUUAGACAAGCUUUUGCAGACCGAAGAGGUCUGACAAUUUUCUCAAAUUAUGUAGUUAUAAUCUACAUUUAAAUUAAUUCACCAAAACACGUGUUGUGUUUUCGGGUCAUGUGACUGCUGCUACUGGAACCUAUUGAAGGACUUUGAAUGUAGAUUUGACCAUAAGCUCUCCUUUUAUAAUUUCUAUGUUCUGUUACUGUGUGAAACAGCUGUUUUAGACCACUUAAUGUUUGUUUUUUUUAUCAAGAUUAUAUUGUGUAAAAUAGGUUCAAGUCAAGUGGUAAUUCUUAAUGUGUCAACAAAUAUGUGUUGGUACAUAUUUAACAGAUGACAUCACUUUAGCUUCAAAUGUUAUAUAGGUACAAAACUUUUAGUGUUACUUUCGAUCACUCAUCCAGUGUUCAGCUUGUUUAAAUGUCACAUGCGCCAAACGUCUUGUUUACUUACUUGUUUACUUGUUUACAGUAUCGGUUCAGACUUGAAAAUGAUCAAAGCACACUUUUCUCUGUGUGGUAAGAGAACAUUUUGUUAUUUUCACAUGGUAAAACCUCUUUCAGUUUGUUAAUUUCUUUGUAGAUCCACUUCUUUGCCACAUACUCUGCUAAAACCAAAAGUCAAGCUCACUGAUGGUUUUUAAUCUUUUACCUCAUUUGCCAUGUGCAAUCAUUAAAGUGGUGACAACGUA